UGCUAAUCAUAUCACCUGGUUUGUCCUCAUUCACUCUUCUUCCCUAUACUAUUUCUACUACCUCUUCACAUUUCUCGAACAGAGCACCAACACAAUCGAACCCCAGAAAGAAAAAGGAAAAGAAAAUGGCGAAUUUUGUACUGCAAGUCCCAAAGACCCUGAGAAGCUUCUCUCUUUCUGCGACAUCUAACGGGGCUUCAGUGGGUGGGCCUCAGAGUGGAGGGAAUGGGGGUCCAGUGAUAGUGGAGCUUCCGCUUGACCAGAUUAAAAGGCCGUUGAUGCGAACGAGAGCCAACGAUCCUCACAAAGUCAAGGACCUCAUGGACAGUAUCCAAGAAAUCGGCCUCCAAGUACCUAUUGAUGUUCUCGAGGUUGAUGGAGUUUACUAUGGUUUUUCUGGUUGCCACCGCUACGAGGCUCACCAGCGCCUAGGGCUACCUACAAUCCGUUGCAAAAUUCGACGUGGAACAAAAGAAACUCUGAGGCAUCACCUUCGGUGAACAUCGGAGCGACUCUGCAACUUUAUCUGAACCUGCAAAGCCUUAGCUGCAAAAGACACCAACAUUGUCUAUGCUUCCUUGUGUCUAUAGAUGUCUCUAUACACAGCAUUACCGAUAUAUUUAAUUUUAGAGAGAGUUGGCUUGAAUUUAUGCUUCUGUUAUUGAUAAUAUAUGGUAGUAUUUUGUCAGCUACGAAGAUGUGUAAAACAAAAGGCAUAAUGCCAAUGUUUCUUCUUCUUUAGAACAAAGAGAAAUGGCAUUAUAAGAAUUAUUGAUCAUAGUUGGCUUUUCAA